CAUUUUAAGACUAGACAACUACGUGACUUCGGCGUGCAUAUCUUGAGCUGCAGACGUCAAAAAUGGCAUUCAAGACAGCGGUUAAAUCCUCUUUUCUGCAAUCAUGCGUUUCCAAAAAUGUCAGAUUUUUCGGAUCCACAGCAGCUGCAAAGUCGAGUUGGUGGGAUGGAGUUGAAAUGGGACCACCAGAUCCAAUCCUUGGAGUCACAGAGGCAUUUAAGCGAGAUACCAAUCCAAAUAAAAUCAAUCUUGGUGUUGGUGCAUAUCGUGAUGAUGAAGGAAAACCGUUUAUUCUACAGUCAGUCAAACAGGCUGAAGAGAAAGUGAGGGGUAUGAAUCUAGACAAGGAGUACCUGCCAAUCACUGGCUUAGCGGACUUUGCUAAAGGAGCAGCCAAACUUGCCUUUGGUCAAGAUAAUCCGUUGUUGGCAGAAGGCAGAAAUGUGACGGUGCAGACCAUCUCUGGGACGGGAUCACUCCGGGUUGGUGCAAAUUUCCUGCGGAAGUUUUUCCCCGGUAACCAAGUUGUGUAUCUGCCAUCUCCAUCAUGGGGUAAUCACACACCUAUCUUCAAACACGCUGGUCUAGAUGUAGCAAGUUACCGGUAUUAUGAUAAGGCAACGUGUGGUUUUGACGCUGCUGGGGCCAUGGAGGAUAUAUCAAAAAUCCCUGAGAACUCCAUCAUCCUGUUCCAUGCCUGUGCACAUAAUCCUACCGGUGUUGAUCCUAGGCAAGAACAAUGGAAGGAGCUAUCCCAGAUUGUUAAGGAUAGGAAACUCUUUCCGUUCUUUGACAUGGCCUAUCAAGGUUUUGCUUCAGGUAGCCUUGACACAGAUGCUUGGCCAGUACGGUACUUCAUGGACGAAGGUCACUCCCUGGUCCUGUCACAAUCAUUUGCCAAGAACAUGGGUCUCUAUGGUGAGCGUGUUGGAGGCUUUACCGUACUCUGCUCAUCGGCUGAGGAAGCCAAGAGAGUAGAAUCCCAAAUCAAGAUCUUGAUCAGACCAAUGUAUUCCAAUCCACCUCUCAACGGUGCUAGGAUUGCAUCAACUAUCCUCAAUACACCAGAUCUAUAUGAUUUGUGGUUGGGUGAGCUGCGCCUGAUGUCUGGACGAAUCAUCUCAAUGAGGGAGCAACUUGUUGCCAAUUUAAAGAAGGAAGGAUCAACGAAAAAUUGGCAACACAUCACAGACCAGAUUGGCAUGUUCUGUUUUACUGGUCUCAAACCAGAUCAGGUUGAAAGAAUGACAAAGGAAUUUUCGAUCUAUCUGACGAAGGAUGGCCGAAUCUCGGUGGCAGGCGUAUCGUCCAAGAACAAUGCCUACCUCGCGCAUGCAAUGCACGCCGUCACCAAGUAAUCAUCAACGUUCAUUUGACUCAUAAUAAGACCUUUGUAUGUCACCUUGACAAUAUUCAGAACUGCGUCUCUCCCGCGGGUAACCUGCAAACGUCUUUUGGUACCAAUCCUGACAUAUCUCACAGUCAAAGUACAUGCGAAUGCAGAAAGGAUGCUGUGAACAAAGGCACAUAGUGCAUUUAUUGCGGGUUUCCUGCCGGAAGAUGGGCCACUGAAUGUAGCCAAGGUGCCUAAGCCAAAUUAUCACUCAUAGAUCGGGGUCGCUUUUCAUAAGUACCUGUUAUAAUAGCAAAUGCACAUUUCUAUAGCAAGUUUACUCUCAGCCAAUCAUAUUGAAUGAUUUCAGUAGCUUUUAACUGUUAUUGCAAAUUUGUUGAUUUAACAAGUUUUAUGAAACAGGGCCCGCAGCAUAGUAAAGUCUUAUAUGAAUGCCAGCCAUAUUGAUAAGUCCAUGUAUAGUUGUUGCAUAUGCUGUCCAACUUGACACGGUCGACUCUGCUGUGAUCAUUGAAAUAUCUUUUACUUGGACAAUUUUGAUGUACUCGACGUGCCAAAUGUAUUUCAUGAUAGAUAUAGAUAAAGGUCUUGUGCAUUCCUUGAACUUCUACACAGUUUAGGCUUCCAUGGGAUCGCUCAUAACUGGUUAACUGAUUUUGACCCAGUUUUGAAGAAAUACAUUACAAGUAUUUGGCAAUUUUUUGACAAUCAUGCAAAUUAUGUCUCAUAUUCUGAUACAGGAUUUGGCAAAAGUAUGAAGAGUUAGAAAUCACAUCGACCACUUUCAUUUUCCUUCGAAAUUGCUCUGGGGUGUUUGCAACAGCUAUACGUGAUCACAUUUAUUGUUUGUGUGAUGUUAUGAAUAGUGAAAAUUUUUACAGAUGAAAUACACUCUGUUCCUUUAAGGAAUGUCCCCAAAAAUACAUAUCUUUUGUAAUAAAUGUUUUAAGAUUUAAAUCUAACAUUUACUGAAGGGAAGAUAGAUAUUUUUUUAUAUCGUCCCAUAAAUGUGAUUAUACUUUUAUUAUAGUAGGGAAAGAUUAUAUUUCUGACGUCCACAGGAUUAUUUUUUUCACUUUCUAUUAAUUCAAUGUGAGAAUGUGAAAGCCAUGUUUAAAACAUGUAAAAGAGUAAAUGAGGUAUUUUGUAAUGAAAUAUAAAUGCACAAGCACAAUAUGAUUGGGCAUUUAGACAUAUUGACAUUUGUGAUUAUUACCGUAAGUAAUUGAAAAUAAUGUAAUUGAUGAGAAUAUGACAAUAAUCAUGACAUUUUAUUUAUCAAGGUCAACUUCUUCAGUAUUCUCUGCUCUCCCAUCCUAAUGAAGACUUGUACUGUCUUAAUUUGAGUACAGGAAGCAACUGAUAUCACCCAAAAUUUACUUCUAAAUGUGUUUGCAUUUUUACAAAAUGAUUUUCUUCUUCAAGGCAUAAUUUAAUAGAAUCCCUGAUGUUGCUAUGAGAUAUGGCCGGUUGACCAUCAUGCCAAUGCACUGGUGUCUGUGUAAAUGACAGACACAUUUUGCUCUUAACAGGAUAUAGCAUUUGUGACUUGCUUCCUGUAAUCAAAGUUGACCAGAAUAUAUUUCAGCUGUUGUAUAAAUGCAUGAUCUCCAUGAAGCAGGUGCUAUAUUGAACUAAGCAUUGGAUGCUACUCUUUGUUGGGGAUGCGCCUCGACAUUGAGAUGAACUUAUGUAGUGAUAGAUGAGAAUAUACAUUCUGAUUUGGAAUCUAAAGUAUGUAUUAACAGCAAAAUGAAAUAGAGUGGGUUAAAUCCUGUAUUGAAGUUGUGAGUUGAUAUUAGUUGUUUUUUAAUUGACCAAAUGGCCUCCCAAUGGAUAAUAUGGGAGACAACUGGCAACAUAUCACUACAUGCACAUUGGUAGAAAAAAAAUAUGUUUGGUUGUUACUUAAUAGAGCAGGAAGCAGCUUAAAUUUGAUAUCAUUUGUUUCUCAUUUUAUGAAGGAUGGUUUGAUAACAUAAAUGGGUCAGAAUUGCCCUCAUAAAUCCACUCAUAUUUUUAACACUUCAAAACUUAAUUGGAAUGUAUGUUUUGAGUUACUAGUAUUCCAGUAAAUAUUGCAUGACUUUUACACAGUACAAGCCUUAUGCAUAUUUAUGAUGAAAAGGAAAUACAGUUAUAUAGUGAAUGAAACAUUGAUAGUAAAAUUUUCCUUGAUACAUUCACACAAUGCUGAACCACACAGGCCAUUUCUGGCAGGAACAUUUUUUUGUGUGCUUUUUUUUGUUUGUUUAUUUUUCAAGUUAUGUUAAGAAGAUCAUGAAUACGGAGCUGAUUUAUUCCAAGUACUCUACAACAUAUGAUUGAAAUGCUGCAAUCCUGAUCGACAAGUGUUCAAUUUUUCCUAAAAAAUACUUUAGUAAGACUGCAGUUUAGAGUUGUCAAUCUCUUGAUCAUGAUCCAAAGCAAGUUCUUGGACAUUUACUGAUAACCUGUGUAUUCAGCUUUUACGGACCAGAGUUUAAAAAGCUGAUGUAUUAUGUAGUGUGGAUGAAUUGCAGAUUUUAAUGUUUAUAUAAAAGAAUAUUCUGGAUUUGUUUGUGGUUUCUUCCAAGAAGGAAUUGAAUAUUGAGAGCAUUAAACAAGCCUCAAUAUAGAU